CCUUUCUUAUCUAUAUUUGCUUUCGUGUACCUUGUGACAUAUGUAUGAGAACGUAUAGCAGUUUUGUACUGUGUGCGUGUAUAUUCAUGUAAAACGUCCUUUAUUCGCUCGUAGUGUACGUGGUCGGGUUUCUCACUUAAAAAGAAGAGUUACUUACACUUAAGAAUUUUACAUAGAAGUAAGAAGAAUUGGUUAAGAUAGUGUAAGAGGAAUAUUCUCUAAGAGCAACAAGUAAAAAGUAUGUUGAAGAGAAUGAAAGAAUACUCGAUAUAUUUAAUUAUAUUGGUAUGUAUAAAUCUAUUCGAUAAAUUCAGUCGUGUAACUGGCUCCCAAGUUUUACAUAUUCGAGGUAUACCGGUUUCGAAAAGUAUACUUUAUACUCCUGAUCGUAACUUUGAAUGUUUGGAUGGUAGCCUUUUGAUACCGUUUCAUUACGUUAAUGACGAUUAUUGCGAUUGCGGUGAUGGUAGCGAUGAACCUGGUACAUCUGCCUGUAGAAAUGGUUCGUUUUAUUGUAAAAAUUUUGGACACAAGUCUAUGUAUAUACCGUCAACUUGGGUGAACGAUGGUAUUUGUGAUUGUUGCGAUGGUACAGAUGAAUAUUCGUCUAAUAAACAAUGCGUUAACAAUUGUCACGAUCUUGGUAAAGAAGCUAGAUUAGAAGCACAGAAAGUCGAGGAAUUAAAGAGACAGGGUAAUAAGAUUCGUAUGGAAAUGGCUAGCAAAGGUAAACAGAUCAAAAGCGAUACGCAAGUACAUUUGAUGAAAUUAUGGGUCGAUUACGAAGAAGCUACGAGAAAUAAAAAGGAAAAGGAGAUAUUGAAGAUACAAGCCGAGGAAAGAGAAACCUUAGUUUUAGAAAAAUAUAAAACGGUUGAACCUAAAGACAUUCCUAGCGAAGAAACUACAAAGGAAAAAGAGUUAAGUCAGUCUGAAGUCGAAGAUUAUUUUAAAAUGUUAGAUUCUGAUAAUAGUAAUACGGUUACGAUAGCUGAGUUACAGACCAGAAUUACUUUCGAUAAAGAUCAUAACGGUGUUGUAUCAGAAGAUGAGGCUAUGUUCUUUUUGAAUAAUAAGAAAGAAGUUUCUCUUCAAGAAUUUAUUGAAACUGCUUGGGGUAAUAUAAAACCGUUUGUUAUGCUCGAACAAGGUAUAUUCACAAAACCAAAACACGAUGAAAUAGAAAAGGAAGAAGAAGAAAAGGUGCAAGAAACAUUGGAAGAGAAACAAGGUGAUGUAAAAGAGAAACAAGAUAAUGUAGAAGAGGAACAAGGUAAUGUAGAAGAGGAACAAGUAGAAGAGGAACAAGAUAAUGUAGAAGAGGAAGAAGGUUCUACGGAUGAGAUUGAAAAAGAGAUAGAAGAGCAAGAACAAGAGGUACAAUACGAUGAAGAGACUCAAGUACUCAUCGACGAAGCAACGAGUGCACGAGAACGAUAUCAAGAAGCAGAAAAGGCAGUUAAUGAUCUCAAUAAUGAAAUUAAACUAAUAGAAGAAAAAUUGGAACGCGAUUAUGGAAAGGAGGAUGAAUUUGUUACGUUAGAUGGAGAGUGUUUCGAUUAUACUGACUUAGAAUAUAUUUAUUCUCUUUGUUUAUUUGGAAAAGCGUCGCAGAAGUCUAAAUCCGGUGGAAAUGAAGUUAGUUUAGGUUAUUGGAGCGAGUGGGUAGGUGCGCAAGAUAAUAAAUAUUCUAAAAUGAAAUACGACAAGGGUCUUACGUGUUGGAACGGUCCAACUCGUUCAACCAUAGUUACUUUAACUUGUGACAAAGAAAAUAAACUUGUUUCUGUAACGGAACCAAACCGUUGCGAAUAUGUAAUGGAAUUUGCCACACCAGCACUUUGCGAUUCAAGUACAAAACUUAUGGAUACGCAUGAUGAAUUGUAAAUUCUUAUUUUUUUUUCUUUCUCUUUUUUUUUUUUAUAAACUGUGUUCAAUGGUGCACAUACCAGUAUAUACGAAGCACAUCAUUUGUGAGUCUUGAAAAUGAAGGACAUGAUUGCGAAGAAUUGUAUAUUAUUUUUUUUUUUUAUAUAUAUAUGUUUUCUUUUUUUUUUUUCUUUUUUUUUCUUCGAUAUAGUAUUUUCAAGCAUUAGACUCCACGAUAAGCAGGUUAGAUAUAUUAAAGAGCAACAUGUUAAAUGGAGCAAUGGAUUAGAAUUUUAGAGAUAUUUAAUUCCUAUUAUUAUAAUAAUAACGAUGCACACUGGCAUUUUCCAGAGGUCGUUGUUUGUUUAGCUAAUUUAUAUUGUAAGUCAUAAUGAUUGAUGGUGAUAAGCACAACACAUUUCUUUUACUCUUGGAGAGAUACAUAAUUUUGAUACAAGUCUUCUCAAUGAGAAGAGCUUUGUCAACGUAUUAAUCAAGGAAACACAAAGUUGAAUAGCAACGAUAUGAUCGAGACAUGUCUUUUGCAAUUAUUCGUCCUUAUAUCGGUGAUUCCACAGUGUUGGUUUCAGUAUCCAAAAAAAAAUUAAAAAAAUAAAAAAAAAUAAAAAAAAAAUAUAAUUAAAAAGAACAAAAAAAAAAUAAAAUAAAGGACUUUUAUCGAUUUGCAAUAUUUAAAAUUUACAUGUGAUUGUGUAUAUAUAUAUAGGUAUAUAUAUAUAUAAUAAUAAGCAUAUAUUACAUAUAUAUAUAUAUACGACUGAUUCAACUUAUUCAUAAAGUGUGGAUUGUUGUGCUAAAAGAUAAUCUAUAUCACUAAACAAGCAAAAAAAAGAAAACUGUUAUACAUAUGAUCAUUGCCAAUAUUAUACAAAUGUUACAUUCCUCUUUUAUACGUUAAAAAUUUCUACGGAGCGACUGGUAUAAUAAAAUAAGAUAUUAAUGAUAUUGUUCGUAGAAUUUUACUAAUGUGAAAAGAGAUACUUUCUUUUCUUUUUUUUUUUUUUUUGAAAAACUCGUGCAAGAGAAAAAGAAAAUAAUUGCUACAAUCUCAAAUAUAUAAAGUACUCUUCUAUCAUGGUAUUUUUUUUAUAUAUAUAUAUAUUUUCUUUUUUCUUUUCAUUAUGUGAAAAAUUCUAAUUUUCAUUAUUAUGCAUACGUAGAAAUUUUCUGACGAGAUCGAAGAGUAUACAAGCGAAGUAUUUUGUAAUUUUUUAAGUGUGCAUCCUUAUGGUGCAUCCAGUAAGCAGGUUUAAUAAAGAGAAAAGAAAAUCUGUUGUCAAACUAUAA